AUGGAGCUGGGAGCAGCGGGGGACCCCCGUGGGGUCUGCAGGGACACCCCAGCAGGGACCUACAUCAUCCUGCACAGGCCCCGAGCCCAGCGAUGUCCCCGCGGAGCCGCGCCGCUGCCCCGGCCGCCGGUGAUGAUCCUCCAGCAGCUCCCCUGGCCCGCGGCAGCGCUGGAGCCCGGCGCCGGAGCCCCGCGCGUCCGCGGAGCAGGUUUAAUGGAGCUGCUGAUGAUCCAGAACUCCCAGAUGUACCAGGUGGUGAUGAACAGCCUGGCUCUAUCAGCACUGACGGCCUUUGGGUUUGGGCCAUCGCCAGGCGCUGCUCAGGCGAUGGAGGUGCCUUUGCAGACCGAGGAGGGAGAGGAGGCCGUGGUGUUCCACCAUCACUACAUCCCCUACCCCUGUCCCACUCCUGCCGCGGCGUGGCCAGUCCCGGUACAGGACCGGGGGCCGGCGGCCGUGCGGUACCUGGGCUCGUUAGCUGAUGAUGGGGAGAUCAGUGCGGUACCUCCCCCUCCGCCCCCCAGUGCCACCGGGACCGUAGGAGCCAACGUCCCCCCAGCAUCAGAGUACUACAACGCGGUGGAGGAGAGGUUGUGAGCUCCAUGCUCCUCAAGAUGGUUUCUCCUGCAUGCCCCAGCC